AUGCUGAUGGACGUUUACGGAGACUGGUCCGCAAGGACCCGGAUUAGAGAAACACUUGGAUGUGGAGCAGAUUGGAAGAACAAGUGCAAGAACAAUUCGAUGUACGAGAAGAGCGUUUCUGAUCACGACAGCCGCCAUGGGAAUCGCAAGAUUCAUUGUUUGAACAUGUUGAGGGAUCUCGGGUAUGAUGAUCGAGGAUUACAUAAGCUUUAUCGCGAAAUGCGCGCGACGGUGAAGCACUUCAGACAAGAUGAAGCAGACGCUGUAGCCGCCCAGCUUGAUGACCCGGAUGCCACACUCCCGAGAUUCAGCGCGCAGAGAGUCAACCCAUUCGCAUUCAGGUUCAAGGCCGAAGCCAAGAUAGAAGAUUUGAUUCCAGAAGGGUCAAGGCAAAGAAUUUGUUGGUGUGACGGGCCGCGGGCCUAA